AUGGCCGUCUCCUUGGCAACGGCGUCGGCCAGCGGGGCCCUUCAGUCAGCACCACCGGGUUCUCUCGGUCCCCUCAGCGCCACCGCUUCCCCUCAGCCGGCGGGGCCCUUCAGUCAGCACCACCGGGUUCUCUCGGUCCCCUCAGCGCCACCGCUUCCCCUCAGCCGGCGGGGCCCUUCAGUCAGCACCACCGGGUUCUCUCGGUCCCCUCAGCGCCACCGCUUCCCCUCAGCCGGCGGGGCCCUUCAGUCAGCACCACCGCGUUCUCUCGGUCCCCUCAGCGCCACCGCGUCCCCCAGAUGGGUACAGACCAGCGCCACGCCACCCUCCGAGCCGCUGAGGGAAAGUGGUGACACAGCUGGAUGCAUGUCCAACAGCAUGGAAAGGCGUUUGAUGAAAGCCAUGGGACUGUGUGGCAAUUCCAGUUAGUUGCGGUUUACCUGUAGCAAGUCUAAGUGAAGGCUUGGAUUCUGAGGAAGUAGAUGAGGAAGUGGAAGAGACUUAGAGACUGAUACUGAUGGGGAUCUGGAAAAUUCUGCUCUCAGAAAAUGCCUAGGGAUCUUCAGCUCUUUCUGUGAGUAUUUCUGGGAUCAGCAACUUCUGAAGCUUUUGCUUCAAAGCUUAUAGCUUUAUUUUGUGUAAAAUGCCAGUAAAUUUUACAGUGUGAAAUAACAAGUUGCUCUGGGAAGGCAUCAUAAUAUUUUUUUUUUGCUAUUGUGUUGCCAUGUUAUCUCUACCCUCAAAACAAACUUAUUUUCUAAAGGACUGUCAAGUUUCUGUAAAGGACCAAGAUAAAGGAGAGCUGGGAUGGGCUGUGUUCCUCUACUGCACCCUGGGACUUCCAGGUUGAUUUCAGG